AUGUGGCUGUACCUAGUGACUAUCGUAGGCCUGUACUACCUUAUGCAUUGGUACAGGGAGAGGCAGAUGGUGAGUCACCUCCAAGACAAGUACGUCUUCAUCACGGGCUGUGACUCGGGUUUUGGGAAACUGCUGGCCAGGCAGCUAGACCUGCGAGGCCUGAGGGUGCUGGCUGCGUGUCUGAUGGAGAAGGGGCCCGAGCAGCUGAGGGGCCUGAUGUCAGACAGGCUGGAGACAGUGAUCCUGGACAUCGCUAAGACGGAGAGCAUCACUGGCCAUGUCGGGGAUAGAGGACUCUGGGGCUUGGUCAGCAACGCAGGCAUUUUUACCUCAUUUGGCUAUAGUGAGUGGGUGAAGAUGGAGACCUCUGUGAAUGUCCUUAAAGUGAACCUCAUUGGUUUGAUGGAGGUGACUUUGAGCAUGCUUCCCUUGCUCAAAGUCACCUCUCCCUUGGUGAGGAGAGCACAGGGGAGGAUUGUCAAUUUCUCCUGCGUUCAGGGAAGAAUUGCUUUCUAUGGAGCAGCCUACUGUAUCUCCAAGUAUGGAGUAGAAGUUUUUUCCGAUGUUCUGAGGUGUUUUUUUUUCGGGCGUGAACUUCAACAUUUUGGAGUGAAGAUCAGCAUAAUUGAAGCCGGCUUCUUCAGAACUGGAAUGGCAGACACUCAGGCACUCUUAAAAAUAGCAAGGCAAAUCUGCGAUGAAGACCCUAUGCAUAUUAAGGAGACCUAUAGACAGAAGCUUUUUGAUAAGUAUUGCAAUAAUAUCCAAACACUGCUGUCGACUGGUAACACAAACCUGAACCUGGUCACUGGCUGCAUGGAACAUGCUCUGGCAUCUGUGUAUCCCUGCACUCGAUAUUUAGCUGGAGGCCAUGCUCAAUUUUAUUCCAUCCCUCUCUCUUAUUUACCUACGUCACUGGCAGACUAUAUAUUGACCAGCUCUUGGCCCAAAUCAGCCCAGGCAGUCUAA